AUGAAGCGUCAAAACGUGCGCACAUUAGCCCUCAUUGUGUGCACCUUUACGUAUCUCCUUCUGGGAGCAGCCAUCUUCGACGCCCUGGAGUCGGAAAUGGAGGGCCAUGAACGGAAACGUCUGCAGGAGCAGGAAAGAGCCUGGCGGGACAAAUACAACAUCACAAGGGAGGAUUUUGAAAAGAUAACUCAGCUUGGAAUACAGCUUAAACCCUACAAGGCGGGAACCCAGUGGAAGUUCGCCGGUGCCUUCUACUUCGCAACAACUGUUAUCACGACAAUUGGUACGUCCUACGUCACUGGUGGAAUACUAACAGUCUGCUUUUAAUUCAUGCCCUCUAUGGUUGCCUGAGGACGGCAGAUCGAAUGGGAACAGUCUCUUUUCCGCCUUCUUCCUUUGUUAAGCGUGGAGUCAUUAGUUACACAUAGAAGUUUUGGGUUUAUUGUAAAGACAAUGACUAGGCCAACAGGAUGAAAAAGUUCUUAAAAUCUUGACAUAAUGCUAGUUUAUGAUAUCAUCUUCAGAAGCUCUUUAUAGCCAUCAGUAGCGCAUACCGCUUGUUAGCAAAAAGGCCGCUUAGUAGGCACUAUUCGGGUAGGAGGAUGACUUUAAAGUGCUGAAAAGGCUCCUUAAAUCAAUGAGUUCGAUAAAAUUGAAAAUGUAUUAUGUUAAAAAACGAAAAUGGCAUAUAAAGCCGCACUUUUCAAAGCUUCUCGCAAACUACUCUCGACUUAUACUUGGCUCUACAAUUUUAUCAUUCUCAAGGUUAUUACUACAGAACCCGGGGCUGGGUACGACUGGCUGACGACAGAUAUUAAGAUAGAAGUGGCCAUUCUAGUCGCCCUUAUCUUUGUCGGUAAUAUCAUUCAAGCCGACUACUGUCAUAUUCGGACGAAAAAGCAAAGCCACUAAUAGAGAUGAGAAGAAGCUUCGAACGACUAUUCUUCAUUGUUUUGCAUCUGUCUUCUCUCGUUCGCUAUGACAGAUUAGUCAUUACUUCAAGAUCCACUGUGGUUUACGAUAUUGCGGCAGAACAUUUGACUAGAUCGCAGUUGGUAGCCAGGCCCCGUAUUACAAGUGGCGGAGGGGGUGGUUUACUGGGGCUAUUUUGUUGGAUUCCAUAAUCACAUCUGACCUAUUUGUCUUCCGUUUUACGUUCGAGGGUAGGGUUAGGGUACCGGUUAAUGGUUUCCGAUUUUCGGCUUAGGGUUAUGCCUUCAGACUUAGGUUUUCGGUUUACGGUUAAGGUUUGAGCGCACGAUUAGGUUUCAUUAUUACGGUUAGGUUUUUCAAGUACAGGUAUGUGUAAGAGCUACAGUUACGUUUACGAUUUCGGUUAGGGUCAGGGUUGCCGUUAGGCUUGACGGUUAACAUUUAAGGUUGAGGUUAGGGUUAGGGUUAAGGUCAGGAUUAGGGUUAAGGUCGCCGUCCGCUUCCCCAUUCCUGGCUACCAACUGCGAUCUAGACGAAAAUUUGACUUAUUAGAAUCUAAAGUCUUGUUCAAACAGUGCAGAAUAAGGGAACGUGCAUUGCAAAACGUUGUCAGUGUAAGGACAUGAACCGUUUUUGAUGUUGACCUUGGCCGGUAAAGGUGCACUUCCGAGAGAUCUGAGGUGGGGCCUCGGAAAACAGAGUUAUACAUUCCUAAUACAAAUUUUAUACCCAAAGCGUUGGAACUUAAAGGUUUUUCUAUUUAUGUAGACAACACCUUCACUUUUAACUAGAGACGGAUAAGUAUUUCGAAGAGUGGAGUGCAGUAAAACAAACUCACUAUGUACUCCACUAAGUUUUUACGAGAAAGCAUAUAUUUGCACUUUUAUAAGAAAUGGAAUAGGAAGUGCAGGAGAAUGCAGCAUUUCAUAAUUGUACCUUUGCGGCACUUGGCAUCUUUUUCAGUCUCCACGAUAAUGAAACCAGUUUUGGCGUGUGAAUGGAGCUCAGUAUAGUAUUGACACAUGCAUAUCCAUGAAAACUUAAUCAUUCUGUUUAGUAGCAUCGAUCUUAAAUAUCCACGAUCACAACAUAUUUGUCAGACAGUAAACAGGGUUCUUGCCGUAAGCCUACUGGGUGCACAUCGAUUGCAUUACAGGACACACUUCCCCCUUUGUGUUUUGAGAUCCAAUCUCAAGCCCUACCAGCUGCCGCUUAGCAACUAGUAGUAUGAGCGGAAUAUACGCAGAAUAUGCUCGAUCUCAGCUGACAGGUCAACGACGCCGUGGCCAAAUAAUUAAGGAAUUGGACUCCUAGCCAGCAGAAGUUAGAAUCAAGCCUCAAGGAUUUGCUGAAUCUGCUGAUGACGGCUAGCAAUUCAGUAAUUACUACUUUUGUCUCCCUUUUGUUCAUCAGUAAUGUUAUACUGUCUUCUCACUCAAGUCGUUUCCUUUUUGCCAUUUCAUUCAUUAUCUUUUCGGAUUUCCUAAGCGGUUGGGUACAUCUAGGCAAUGAUUUUACACUUCUCACUCCGGGUGGACUGUACUUGACCAAGACACACGACCUGUUUCAAAAGACAGUUUUUAAAUGGCCAAAUAUCAGAACUUAGAUUGUGUUCUUUGCUUGAUUUCCUCUAAAACAGAAAUUUAAAUAAUAUGCUCUGCAGAAUGCUGUUUACCGUGUGCCUUGCAGCAACAAUAUUAUAAGCUUUUUUGAAAAGGGCUGUGACUUUUGAUGAGGAAUGCUCUUCCCUCCCAUUCCACCAGAAUCGCAAGAGUGUUUCAUUAUGUUCUUUUCAUAAAAUAAAUAUCAUUUCAUAAAGAGUUGGCCGACAGUGUUUUGUGUCCGAAGUUAUCAGCAUAGAUUAUUGUGAACUAAAUGCUUUAGCCAACACCCACACGACUAGGUAGGAGCUAGAAUUUCUGCCAUUCAGACACAUGACAUGUCAUAUUGGCAGAGAAGGUUUUUAUUUUCGAGAAGGCUCAGCACGCACACGUAUUUAUAUGAUCGAAGUACGAACAAGGCCUGUGAUCGAUUGAAUAUGGGCGUGGCUCGCUCAGUUGUGACUGUUGAAAGGAAAUAACUGUAAUGUCUCUUAUGUCGCGUGAAUAGCAUACAUACGCGAGCGCGUGAAAUGCUUAGUGGGUUGAAUUUACCUAGACGAAGAAGGUCACAACAGCGACCAGGAAGUACGACCUACAAUGGUCAGGCUGGUCGAAUGGUUGCUUUUGGCUUGCAUGCCGUCAAGGCCAAUUCGCAUAGCACUGGAACUUAGUGCUUGAGUCCGUGUACAGCUAAUCAGUGAGACAGAGAUCGUACCGGCCAAAUCCGGGGCGACUACAAAUGCAGCUGUUUGAGACAGAAUGAGAAUGAGGUCCACGAAUCAAACCUCAUUGCUGCAAAUAAUAUCAUAAUAAUUGACAGUAAUAAUAUUCGAGUCCGGCCGGGGUGCCGAAUUCGAGUCUAACCUGCUCUUACAUUUACGUUUCCAAACUACGUGCAGUAUACUUUCAAAAUAAAAAAAACUAUGUAUUCAUGUAUAUUGUAAAGAAGAGACCGUAGAACUGGUGGGAAGCAACAAAAACUUUAUCCGCCUGACGUUUCGGAUUCUUGCUCAAACCCAUCACUAGAGACAGUAACAAAUACGGAUAAUUCGUGCACGGGAAGUUAGGUGCAGUAUUCAUAGGACGCAGUCGCUAGCCUACUACAUGCAUAGGGUAGUUAACCGCUCUCCUCUUCAUCGACGAUUGUUGUCUGCUGGUGCGCUUAUUGCUGGAUGGCCGGCGUGCAAAUUGUUAACUGCUGAAAUUUCAUCACCCGUGUUGGAGGUUGGCGUGAUGAUUGGCCGGCCGUCUGGUUCACUGACCUGCGUGUUCCCCGUGUAGCUAAUUACUUUGGCCAGACUAUGCCUUAGCACCGAAUAUGGGGUGGAGAUGUCGUUGCACUUGUUGAUAGACUGGGGUCCCGUAAAACAUGACUCAAGCAACUCGCGACUCACACGAUUAUUCCCCUCUCUCGAGAACUUCAGCUUUCUCGGACGUAAAUGUGUGGCCGGGUCUCGUUGAAUAGGUCGCGACUUGAGAGUUGAAGUCAUUUCUUCGCCCUGAUGCCGCGUGCUCGCUGAUUCGCGUCCGGACCAGUCUUCCAGUUUCUCCGACAUAUCCGCUUUGCCCGGAAUUGCACCACAUCCUAUAAACGACUCAAGACGUUUCUUGCCGUGACAGCGAAUAUUUUGGUCUCAUCAUCUAACACCCUAUGGUUGUCUCCGGUCUGUGUGAAAAUCCAGAUUCAUGUGGUGCGAGAAAUCGACUAACAGUCGUGCAGACGUCCUCGAUGUACGGAAUCACUCGCCAGAAUUCGGGGUUGGUACGAUUUUGUUGCUCGUCUCGUUUGCACAUGCACCGGUUGAAAAAGUUUCCCGGGUAACCAUUGUCUCUGAAACCCGUCACAGAUAUUAAAAUUCGACAAACUUGUCUCCCGGUUCAACGCAGUGCGUCUGAGCGCGCCGAUACAGCGUCCUUACGCAGCUGCGUUUAUGGCUGAUUAGGUCGUUACUGUUGAAGUUUGGUUUUUGCGUCAUAUUUGUCGCUUUUCUGAACACUUUUAGGCCACCACAAUCUUUGAGACAGACGAAAACAUCAGAGGAGACCAGCUGAUUAUUUUCUUCUUCCUCCAUCGUAAAUUGAAUGUCCGGGAAGACGGCGUUGAGAUGUUCUUGGAAUGUCAACACCUGAUCCCGUUCGAUGACGACGAAGGUAUCGUGCAAGUACUAAGCCCAUUGAUUUGGUCGGUGGUGUUAGAAGAUCAGCGACUUUAACCGCUGUAGGACCGCCUCGGCUGCGAAUCCCGAAAUCGGCGAACACAUUGGUGCUCCCUUCACCUGCUCGUAGAUUGUUCCGCCGAACGUGAAUUAUGUUCUGAGACAGAACUGCAGGAGCCGCAGGACAUUGGCAUGUCCGAAGCGAUUGUCCAUUAUUUCGUAUUUGUUUGGAGGGAGGGAUUGACAGAUCCUGGGGGAUAGAAGCAAAGAGUGACGUGACAUCAAAAGCCACCAUGACCUCAUUAAGCUUAUUCAGGAAUUGUGUUGACCAACAGACCGUGGUGUUCGCUGACUGCUGAUUCGGACAUGAGACGCCAGGCGAAUAAAUCUCCUCUUCCAGCGAUUGCUUCUAACUCUUAUCAACUAGUUCGUGGAACUCGCAUAUUCACUUAUAUACCAUAGACCUUUUACAAAAUCUUACAAAGUAUGUGGCUCGUUUUGCAUGCUUUAUAAGGAACAUUAAUAAAUGAGCAGAUAGGAUGCCAUUCGAACGGCCAUCUUUCGGCCCUAAACUCUUAAAGUUGCGAAUAUUUUAGAACUGGUAAAUGUCCUUUUUUAAGCAAAUACGUAGACAACGACAUCAUCUCCAACCAACGAGUACAAAAAGGAAUAUUUUUAUGCAUGGUUUCCAUAGGAUAUAUCCGAAUUUAAAGAGACAUUGAAAAUAAAUGGAAGAGCAACAUGCUAUCAAACUUGUCAUUUAUUACAGGGUGUGGCUUUUGCGGGCUACCAGUAAGUAACUCACUCAAAUUCUGCAUCCGAACAUCACUGAAAUAUCUUGGAAUCAGUAUUGCAAAUCCGCCUAGGUGGUUUUUCUGAAAGUAACGCCAUUUUAGAAUUUCCGUUAAUACUUCACGUGGUUUAUCAGAUGAUGUAUGUUCACUGAAUGGCUGAACCUACUAAAUUGCUAAAUAGAGGCAAUUGUAUGAACAAGUUGCAAUCCAAGGCGAGUCAGAAUUCUUGCUAGUCAUUAUAUUUUGAAUGGUAUAGUUUUCUUAAGUAGAAAAAUUGUUCUGUCGCGCGCCUUGCCAUAAGUUAGAAGAAAGUUUCCGCUGCUGCCAAUCCCAAAACGACGAAUUAGAAAGCAGUGUCUGGAAUUUCAAAUCGACAGGUUCCCCUCUCUAGGUAUGCUUCGACUCAUAUUAUGGUGAGCGAUGUACACACAGGUUGCAUAAACAAGGGCCGAUAAAUUUUGAACACAGACAUAUAAGUGAGCCUAUUGUUGGGGAUAAGAGAUGCGUAAUUAUGAAAAGUUUAUUGGUAUCAAAAGUGAAACGCUGAGCCAUGUUUCAGUAAUGCGGCGUUCCGCCAAAAGAUUUAAGUUAACUCUGACACCCCUGUUCUGGCAUAAACCAUGCGCAUACUUUUUGAUUGUCCAGAGUCAGCUAUUUAAGGACUAAAAUUGCUGCAUUUUAAGGUUGUUUGUUGAGAAGGAACAUCGUGUUCUCUGGAGACGUGGUAGUUAUAGCAACAGAAGCAAGGAAGAAGUGUUCGUUCACGUGCCGUUCAGUACUUACAGUGUCGGCUCUUAUAUUUUGGAAUAACCUUUAGUUGUGGUAAAAAUCCCGUUUGAGCAAAAAGGUGCAGCAGAUUUGCUAACUCAUGAAAUGUCAACCAAAAGUUCGAAAUGUGUUCUCGUUUCGAAAAGCUAAAUUAAGUAGUGUUGUAAAACUAAUUAUGAAGCAGCGUAAAUUUAUAAUGAUCCAGUUACCUCAGCGUGUCGGCCAUCGAACAAACUUAUUUUCGGCUGCAUGCAUUAUCUAUACUCUGCAAAAAUGACUACUUAAAUAGUAUGCAAUUUUCUGAUUGAUUUUCGAUGCCCUUAAAAAUGCAAUUAUAUUUCAUGGAAAACAUGCAGAAAAAUAUUCAUCCUUUUGCUUAUUCGGUAGAAAAUUACGUCUUCUUCCAAUUUCAUACCCAAAAUAAGAGUAUAAUUCGGUCGUGAAAAGGUUUCUAAUUGUGAGAUUUUUUAAUACCGUUAAAUGGUUGUUCAUGAAACGUCAUGUAUCUGUAUUUACGAAUGUGGCUUGUAAAGUUAACAAUAUUGCUCAAAUUCACUGCUUAAUUUUAUGAACCUCAUAUGGUCUCCUCUUAACACCGUAGAGAAAUGCAUGGCUUUCCCUACACGGAAAAUAUACAGCUUGUGGUUUUGAAACCCUGAAUGCAAGUGUAACAGCAGGUCGGGUUUAAAAUUAUUCGGGAACUAGAAAAGUUUUUUAAAACUGAUUUAUGCUCUUCUUUUGGGGAUGAAAUUGGAAAAAGACGUGAUAUUCUACCGAAUAAGUAAAAAGAUGAAUAUUUUUUGCAUGUUUUCCAUGAAAUAUAGUUGCAUUUUUAAGGGCAUCGAAAAUCAAUGAGAAAAUUGCAUACCAUUUAAGUAGUCAUUGUUGCAGAGUAUGGAUCUUGCAUGCAGCCGAAAAUAGGUUCCUUCGAAAGCCGACACCCUGAGGUAACUGGAUCAUUAUAGAUUUGUGCUGCUUCAUGAUCAGUUUUACAACACUACUUAAUUUAUCUUUUCGAAACGAGAACGCAUUUUGAAGUUUUGGUUGACAUUUCAUGAGUUAACACAUCUACCCUACUAAUUUGGAAUUAUUUCAAAAAAGCGAGAGACAGUUAAAAGUACGAACCACAGAGAAAGAUAUGAUUGUAGCGGUACAAAUUGUACCUAGCACAUAAUUCUAUCACGAUCAAUUAAACAAAUUAUAUUGCUGUCCGUACGAAAGUUGAUUAACAACGAAAGAAGUUGAACAACUGAACUCGUCGUUAUGGAGACAUUUUUUCUUUUCUUUUUUCUUUUCCUUCUUUUUUCUGGCAGAGUUUCAUUCUUAUUCGGACGAAUAUCGUUUUUGAUCCGAAACAUCGGUUUUUUCGGAGUUGAUUAGUUAAACUCAUGACUCAGGCGUGAGUAAUUGUUGCGAAGGGAUGGUACCCCAUGAGACGUUGCGCAUGGCCUGUGACUCAAGGUCAAGUAUUUAAUCCAUUAUUAGAAGUUGAUCAGAGAAUAGCUUCAAAAAUACAUUAAUGCCAUCACAUGAGGCUUUAUGGGAGCUAGGAUUAAUUAUGAGAUUCAAGCACAAGCCUUUUUCUUCCGUCAAUCUCACAUCAAUUAACUUAACAUCUAAUUGCGCUUGCAGUACAAAAUCGAAUAAGCAGAAUCAGUUCUGAAAAUGUUAAAAUUCUAACUCCAGCCAUGUCUACUUUGCACUAGGUUACGGUCACUGCACGCCGAAGACGGUUGGUGGCAAGAUAUUCUGCAUGCUCUAUGCCCUUCCUGGAAUACCCCUCUGCAUCGUCAUGUUUCAGAGCAUCGGCGAGCGUAUGAACACCCUCGUAACCUGCCUGCUCCGACGUCUAAAGUCGCUGUUCAAGUGCCAAAAUAAGCUCGUCUCCCAGACCCAUCUGAUUCUCUUUAGUGCCAACAUUGGAACCAUCGUGUUGACCGUUGGUGCGGCAGUGUUUGCCCAGUACGAGCGAUGGCACUACCUGGAUGCCUUCUACUACUGCUUCAUCACCCUGACUACGAUCGGCUUCGGCGACUUCGUGGCCAUGCAGCGUGAGGACUCCCUGGUGAAGCAACCGGACUACGUGGCCUUCAGCCUCAUCUUCAUUCUCUUCGGCCUAACCGUGGUCAGCUCUGCGAUGAACCUCCUAGUUCUGCGUUUCUUGACGAUGAACACUGACGACCAGCGACGUGAUGAACAGGAGGCCGCGGCACAGGCACAGGAGUUUCGUCGUCUUCACGGUGAUGUCAUACACUCAGUCAUUGGUAUGACGGGACACAUAAUUCAGGCAGGCGACGAAGCGAAACUGCAGCAGCACAGAGGUCCAGAAAGGCUGCGAAAAUUCCUGCAGAACUCCCCUCCGGUCUACCGCGAGAACUCCAGAGCAUUCCUCCAGUCCGAAGAACCCUCAACGUCCCUCCUAUCCCGCGCAGGCAGGUCUGUUCAACGAAUGUUCAAAUGCCUGGGUAGGCAGGGCCGAAUACACAGGGUUGGAUCUAGAAGGAGACGGAGUGCGGAGUUGGAAACGAAGGUUGCGCGGACAAAAACCAUGGAGGAGGAGCGAGUGACCUUCAGUCUUUCCUUCUCCGAAUUCACCAACAUGGACGCUGAUGAGUACUCACCCUGGGUGAGUCGAAAUUGCGAACAGAAAAACAGACCGACAAGGCGUUUGUCACAGGAGAACUUGUUGUUUGGAAUCACCGGUGAAUCCUCUCCCGCCCUGCGAGAGGCCGAGUCCACGUGGAUGAGGAAUCUGUGCCCCACUAAUGGACGUGAUCUGGGAGAAGUGUCCUAUAAAACACUGGAUAAAGUUUUAGGUGAAGAUACUACCGCCCAGACCAAAUGUAGCAGUACGUCUCAUUACCUCCAACACUUUCCAUUUCGCCAUGUAGAGCCAGCCUACUUCAUUGAAGGAUGCAAGCUUCAUCAGCGAAAUCACUGCUACUGUCAUAGCCAGGCUUCGAGUGGAGAAGUAA